AUUCCCUUUAUUUAUCCUCCUCAAUCUCUCAUUUCCCAUAUAGAGCUCUAACGAGAGACGAAGAAAUGGCCCUCCAGUGUUAGGCUCUGAGAGAGGGAGGGAAGGCAUGGCGGCUUCUUCUUCUUCUUCUUCGGAGCCUGCGGAGACUCUGGAGUACACGCCCACAUGGGUCGUGGCUGCCGUCUGCACCGUUAUCGUCGUCAUUUCUCUCCUAGCCGAGCGGUUCCUUCACUACCUCGGAAAGGACAGAGAAUCAGCAUCAAUGAAGAUGGAAGCGAUAGGGAUGAGGACGCUGAUCCAGGGGGUUGAUUAUGAUUGAAACCCAACCGUGGAGUGCUGGAUUAAGAGUCCUUUUUGCAUUUGAGUUCUGGUUUAGCCAAGUCAAGAGUCUUUCUUAUGUUUUGUUCCUGAAUUAAGUCAGGAUUAGCAUUUUUGUUUGAUUAAGUCUCUGAGUUACGAGUCCUUGUUGGUUUAUCCUUAAGAUUUAGUUUUUCUUUGAGUCCGUUUGCUAUGAGUUAGGGUGUGUGCGAUCCUAUAUAAGGAAUCGCAAGGAGGGCUCGUUCCUUCUUCUUCUUGGUUAAUAUUUUUUCAGCCGCCAUGGUUAAUGGAAAACUACGUUGAAAACACAGCGUGAAUCCUCUGUUUUGUUCCCUGUUCUUUGGUUGAAACAGAGACUUACUUGUUGGAUUUGCAGCGUCUUCUUCAUUCCGAGUUCCGUCUCAGGUCUGCAGUGCUGCGAAUCUGAUUUUCCCUACGCUUCCCCGCAUCAACACCAGUUGGGAUUUUUAGGCUCUCUGUUGUACUUCCCGGUUCUGAGUAUUGGGUUUUGAUGGUGCGCAUAAUGGAUGACGCGAAGAUUCUCGGACAAAUGAACAGUGGUGGUGGGAGUGGGCCCACACCGCCACUAAUUGCUAUUUUUGGUGCCCGAUAAAAAUGCCAAUUUAGUGGGAGGAGGGUGGACCAUGAGAGCGCCAUGGACUUAGAACCUGAGACGAUUCCUCCUAUAGUCCUAUACGAUAACCAAACCAUGAUCUAUAUAGGCAUGCAUCAUCAUGUCUAUUCAAGUUUGUACCUACACUGUGCUAGUGUGGCACCAUAUGGGGUCCGGUACCAAGACGGCGAAUCUUGAUUUCAACUAUUUCUUUGAUCAAAGUUUUUGAAACACAACCAACAAGAUGCACUUUUUGAAGCCUUACAGAAGCUAAAGGAAGAGUUAAUGCUUCUUGGUUUUAUAUCCCUCCUGUUAACUGUCUUUCAACAUACAAUCAGCCACAUAUGCAUCCCAGCAAGUAUUUCAAUGUACAUGCUUCCUUGCAAGAAGGAAGGCUUUGCCCCUGAGCAUGAGCUCCAUCAUGGUAAGGCUUUGUCACAUGGACUAAGAAGGCAUAGCCGGAGACUUUUGUCGGAGAGUUCUGAUUCUGAAUUUUGCAAAAGACAGGGCAAAGUUCCAUUGCUGUCUCUUGAAGCAUUGCAUCAACUGCAUAUCUUUAUCUUUGUCCUUGCAGUCGUCCAUGUUGUGUUUUGUGCCACUACCAUGGUUCUAGGAGGAGUAAAGAUCAGAAAAUGGAAGCAUUGGGAGGACAAAAUCAGGAAAGAGAAUUCAAAGAGAGAAAGAUCAUCAAGCCAUGCUCAUUCUCACACUAAGUUUAUUAUGGAGCGUGCUGUCGGAGUUUGGACAAAGUCAGUGGUCAUAAGCUGGACAAUGUCAUUCAUCAAGCAGUUUUAUGCCUCUGUUACCAAAGCAGAUUAUAGAGCACUACGAUCAGGGUUUAUCAUGAGACACUGCAGUUCAAACACGAACUUUGAUUUUUACAAGUACAUGAUGCUCACACUUGAAGAUGAUUUUAAGAUAGUCGUUGGUAUAAGCUGGUAUCUGUGGCUCUUUGUCAUCAUUUUCCUUUUGCUGAAUGUGAAUGGGUGGCACUCAUAUUUCUGGUUAUCUUUCUUGCCACUAAUACUUCUUCUUGCUGUGGGUACAAAGCUGGAGCACAUUAUUACUCGUUUGUCUCAAGAGGCUGCAGAGAAACCUGCUGAUGAGCAGGAAGCACCAAGAGUGAAGCCAUCUGAUCACCUUUUCUGGUUUCAUCGGCCUGGCAUCGUCCUUUACUUAAUCCAUUUCAUCUUAUUUCAGAAUUCCUUUGAGAUUGCAUUCUUCUUCUGGAUCUGGAGCACCUAUGGCUUUGACUCCUGCAUCAUGGAAAAAAUUGGUUAUAUCAUUCCCAGACUCAUUAUAGGUGUGAUGGUUCAAGUGCUUUGCAGCUAUAGCACUCUUCCUCUGUAUGCUAUUGUCACCCAGAUGGGUGACAUGUUUAAAAAAGCUAUAUUUGAUGUGCACUUGAGAUUGACCCUGCAUGGUUGGGCCGAGGGUGCAAGGAAAAGAAAGAGGCCGGGUAUUUCUUCAUUUCUAAAUAAGUUUAGCUCCAAAAGCAAGAGACAAGACAAGUCUGGCAAUGAGGUCCAGAUGCAGAAGAUGGCCUCUGAAGCCUCUGCAGGUUUUCAAAAUGCCCAACCAGGAAUUGUUGCAUCACCAGUUGAGCAUUCAGAAAACACAAGCAGUCUAGAAAUGACAUCAAUUGUGGAAGAGAGCUUGUAGCAUCAUUUGUCACUUAAUAUCAGGGAAGUUAGCAGUCGCGUGAUAUUUUUUUUCCUUUAAUGUUAUAUAUGUUAAAAUAAGUUACUAGUAGAGCCAUGACAUUGCCAGUGGGAUUUCCGUGUUGUUCUUAUAAAAAUCAGUCUUUCUAAUUGGAUCUUGAGAUGACAACUGGUCAGUUGAGCGACUAUAUUAUUAAGUUUUCACCAA